GAAUAACGGCUUGGAAAACAGUGGAAAACGGUCUUCCAGUAGAAGUUAAGAUCGGAAAGAUAAAGAGGUCCGAUUAGCCAAAAAAAAAAAAAAAAACACACAAAAAAAGUGGUGAAGGUGAGGAGGAGCGUUUGCCUCUGUGUCUGCAAAGAUGUCCUGAGCAAGGAGGAGGAAGUUAGAAAGGGAAAAAAAGAAAAAGAUAAGAUGAGGCGAUAGAGGAUGGCGGUUCCGAUGAUGAUGACGUGGGGACGGCGAUCCCUAUCCAGGUCGGUACGUACGACCGCCACGUGUCUUCGCUGUCGUGCAGUUUUUUUCUGGGCAGCCUCAGCGACGAAGGGUGGGGGGGGAGAAUCAGCGGUGGCAGCGAUUGCCACGUCAUCAUCACCGUCCUUAUCUGCAUUUCCAUUGUCGUCAUCUCCACUAUCAGAUCCCGAUUCUUCAGCGGCCGCGACGACUGCCACGUGUCGAGAUCAGAAGGAUUUCGAUCUUGUCCCUCCACAGCAAAACCCAAUAUGGAACUGUGUCAAGCGAUCGUCCAUCGGCGGCGGGCAAUCCUCGUCGUCGUCGACUUUCCCGCCACUCAAGGGGGGCUCUUCGUCUGCCACGUCAUCAUUUAACGUCGCGUCGGGAUCUGGAUCGCAACAGUCAUCGAUCGGCCGGCAACCGUCGUCAUCGUCGACUGGUACGUCAACAUUUAACGUCCAGUCGCGAUCGGGAUGGUCAACGUGGCAGAGAUGGCGGUCACCUCCUCCUCCUGCUUCAUAUCCAACGCCGAAGCUGGGGCAGCGGAGAGGAUCGACGGCCGUCGUUGUCCUCCUCUCUCCUCCCCCCCUCGGCUUCUCCUCCCCCUCCUCCUCCUCCUCCUCCUCCUCCUCCUGCUUCUUCUCGAGCUUCCCGAAGAUGGCUAUGGCGUCGGCGAUGGCGGGGGCGCCGUCUUCGUCCUGGCCAGCGUUGUUCGGUACAAGGAAUCUAGUCACGGGUUCAACUGCCGGCAUGGAACGAGAGGAGAGGAGGGAGGCGGAGGAGGUGGAACAAAAUGGCGGGAAAAGUGCGCCACGUGACUCCUCAUCUUCCGUCGGGAUUCGAGACUUAGCAAUCAUUGCACACGUGGACCACGGGAAAACGACGUUGAUGGACCGACUGCUCAAGCAUUGCGGAUUGAAUUUGGAGGGAGAGAGAGUCAUGGAUAGCAUCACUCUCGAGAAAGAGCGGGGAAUUACCAUAGCCUCCAAGUGCACGUCGUUUGAAUACAAGGGCUACGUUCUCAACGUUGUUGAUACCCCCGGGCAUGCCGAUUUCGGGGGGGAGGUCGAGAGAGUUCUGGAUAUGGUGGAUGGCGUCGUGCUGCUAGUCGACGCAACCGAAGGUCCUCUCGCACAGACGAAAUUCGUUCUUGGCAAGGCGCUGAGAAAGAACCUUCGCCCCCUCGUUGUGCUUAAUAAGGCUGAUCGACCAACGGUCACUAGAGAGAGGUGCACGGCGGUGGAGAACGAAAUCUUCGACCUGUUUGCGUCGUUGGAUGCAACCGAUGAACAACUGGAUUUCCCCUUGCUCUACGCGUCAGCGAGGGAUGGAUGGGCGAGCAAAGAGCUGCUGCCACGUGGCGGCGGAGGCGGCGCAUCUUCUUCGUCUUCUGCGUCGUCGUCUUUGGACAACAAGAACAAGAGUGGAGAGUCGGGAUCUCCCGUCGACGGCAUGGAUGCCCUUCUCGAUGCCGUAGUAGAGCACGUGCCGGAGCCGACGGGAGAUCCCGACGCUCCGUUCCGGUUCCUCGUGUCGAUGAUCGAUCGGGAUCCCUACGUCGGUCGGAUCCUGACGGGUCGAAUCAGCGACGGCACGGUGCGCGUCGGCGAUCGCGUCGUCGUUCUGCGGCAACGGCGCGCAGCGGACGGCGGCGGCGGCGGAGUUGAGCAGGAGGAGGAGGGGGGCGGGGAGAAUUUGGCGGGAAAUGGCGGCGGAGGAGGAGGAGGAGGGGGACAAGUGACAAAGAUUUUCAAGACACAUGGCACGACCCGAACCGUCGUCCAGACGGCCAGCGCGGGAGAUAUCGUGUCCAUCGCCGGCAUAGCCGACGCUGGGGUGACAGACACCAUAGCCAGCCCUCUCGCGAGCUCUCCGCUUCCCGCCACGCCCAUUGAUCCUCCCACGAUCAUGAUGAGUUUCGCGGUAAACGAUUCGCCUUUGGCGGGAAAAGAUGGGUCGUUGCUGACGGGCUCGAAGAUCGGCGAGAGACUGCGCGCCGAGGCCGAGACCAACGUCUCCAUCACUGUGGAGCCGACACGUGGCAACGAUGCCUUCCACGUGUGCGGCCGCGGCGAGCUACAGCUCGGCGUGUUGAUCGAGAAUAUGCGGCGGGAAGGAUUCGAGCUCUCCGUCUCGCCGCCAAAAGUUCUCUACAGGAAGGACGAGGUCACUGGCGCCACGUUGGAACCCAUCGAGGAGGUGAUGAUCGAGGUCGACGAUGAGUACGUCGGCGCUGUCAUUGAGGGGAUAUCGUUGCGCCGCGGCGAUCUGACGGAGAUGGUACCCAAUGCGCUAGGCACGGGGAAGACUCGUCUAAGUUUCACCUGCCCCAGUCGGGGAUUGAUUGGCUACAGAUCAGUGUUCAAUACAGAGACACGUGGCACAGGGAUGAUUCAUCGAUCGUUCCUGGGUUAUGAACCGAAGAGAGGACCGUUAGAUAGGGUGCGAAAGGGGGCGUUGGUGGCGAUGACAUCGGGGGCAAUCACUGCGCACGCGUUGAUGUCUCUGGAGGCCAGAGGCAUUCUGUUUGUGGAGCCGCAAGCGGAGUGCUAUGAUGGAAUGAUCAUCGGAGAGCACUCUAGAGAGGGUGAUCUUGAGGUCAAUCCAGUGAGAACGAAGCAUCUUUCAAACGUCAGAUCGGCGGGAAAUGAUGAGAACGUGCGGCUGUCGCCGCCACGUCAGAUUUUUCUCGAAGAAGCGAUUGGAUAUGUCGGUCCCGACGAACUGAUCGAGGUCACACCGAAAUCCAUUCGCCUGCGGAAACGAUACCUCAAUGCCACAGAUAGGAAAACACUUAGAAGGAACAAGGCCACCAAUGAUUGAUUGGUUGGUUGGUUGAUUGGUUAGCUGGCUGGCUGAUUGAUUGGUUCGUUGAUUGGUUGGAAUGGCUGAUUGAUUGGUUCGUUGAUUGGUUGGAUGGCUGAUUGAUUGGUUCGUUGAUUGGUUGGAAUGGCUGAUUGAUUGGUUCGUUGGUUGGUUGGAAUGGCUAAUUGAUUGGUUCGUUGAUUGGUUGGAUGGCUGAUUGAUUGGUUCGUUGAUUCGUUGGUUGAUUGAUUCGAUCCGCCUGCGGAAGCGAUACCUCGAUGCCACAGAUAGGAAAACACUUAAGAGGGAACAAGACCAUCAAUGAUUGAUUGGUUGGUUGGUUGGUUGGUUGAUUGAUUUGCUGGCUGGGUGACUGAUUGGUUCGUUGAUUGGUUGAUUGGUAGAUUGAUGGAAUGGAUUCCAAUCAAGGAAGUUGAUUGAUUGAUUGAUUGAUUGAUUGAUUCAUGCACACAGAGAGAUUGAUCGCGCAGACUGACUGAUCUAGGUCCGUGGUUGAUUGGUUACUUGAUUGGUUACUUGAUUGGUUACUUGAUUGGUUACUUGAUUGGUUGAGUGAUUGAAGAGGUGAUUGAUAGAUUGUUGGAGGAAGGUAGUAGACGAUUGGACGAAGAGAGUAGAGGAUUGAGCGUUCGCUCCACGUGGGCUGAUUGGUUUGGGUCCACGUGGGUGAUUACGUCAGUUUUGCUCCACGUCGGCUGAUUGGCCUAUUGGAUUGUUGGGGGAUUGAUCGAUCAAGGCACCUGGAGCGAGGUCCCACUUAGUCCCGCGGCUCGUGUUUUUUUUUCGUUUUUUUCCUUUUUAUUUUCGUUUUAUUUUGGUUUUCUUUUUCGGCCAUGUAUCAUCAACUUCGUAGUCAAUGGUCCAGAACAAAGAAUCCAGAGUUUU